CCUAUAUAUAUAUUCUUCACAACUCGUUCUUAACCGGUUUUUCCACGCAAUUCUCCCCAUUACUCGCUCGCUUUCCCCUAACUUCUUUUUCUCUCGCGAGAAACAAACACCGUUCACGAAUGGCGUCGUUUGAUCAGGCACCUCCCGGCGAUGCCAAGUCCGGGGAUAAAAUCUUUAGGACCAAAUGUGCUCAGUGCCACACCGUUGAAAAAGGUGCAGGCCAUAAGCAAGGACCCAAUCUGAAUGGUUUGUUUGGAAGGCAAUCAGGCACUACUCCCGGAUACUCCUAUUCUGCUGCUAACAAGAACAUGGCUGUGAUUUGGGAGGAAAAGACUUUGUACGAUUACUUGCUUAACCCCAAAAAGGUACUAUAUUCCCGGGACAAAGAUGGUAUUUCCUGGUCUUAAGAAGCCCCAGGAACGUGCUGAUCUUAUUGCAUAUCUGAAAGGAUCCACUGCAUAGUGAUUAUAUUUUCAUACAUUCAAUUUGGCAGUGUGCGUUUGAAGUUCCAGAGAUUUAAUUAUAAGACAUUUAGUUCUGCCGUGCAGUUAGUACUGUAUUUUUGGCAAAUAAAGUAGACUACAUUUGUUUGCAAUGCUAUUUUGUUCAUUUCGCAUUGCUUCUCAAGAGGCUGCCGUAUAUUGGCUGGUGUAACGCUCAAUCAAAUUAUCUGUUGAAAGUUGAAACAUUCUUAUCAGUAUUUGAUUAAUUGAGAGCACAAUUUGGUACU